UAAAAGGUCCUUUUUAUUUCCCAUACUUUUGGAUCUUACCAUUUCUUCGAGGAACGCAAAAUCCAUUUCCACCACACCGCCACCACAAUCAUCGAUCAAAACUUACUGUUAAGUAAAUGUAAGAUCAUUGAUUUAUUAAAAAAAAACCAUUUGCGCAAUUAACUACAGAAGUAAACAAUGGAGAGUUUCACCGCAGAAGAUCUGUCAACAAUCGGAGGAAUAGCCACUGUUUCUCUUCUCCAUUCUUUCAUUCCAACACAUUGGCUUCCUUUCUCUAUUGUCGGGCGUGCCCAGAAAUGGACUCUCUCCAGAACUCUCCUUGUCACUGCAUUUGGGGCAGUUUUGCAUGUGCUUUCUACUUCACUUCUUGGUAUAACAGCAAUUACUAUGGCGAAUACUAUUGCUGGUGAAGAAACAGUUCACAAACUUGCUUCGCUUUUGCUUAUAAUUCUUGGUGGUUGUUAUAUGAUACUGUUUCUGUCUGGGAAAGGAGGGCAUAGUCAUUCUCAUAACCAGCCUAUGGAGAAAAUGGCCGUAGCAGGGCUUGUCCUUGUUCCUGCAUUAUCUCCUUGUGCAACAACUCUCCCUGUUUUUCUUGCUGUUGGGAAUUCAUCCUCCAUGAUGGUGCUUGCCAUUAUUGUGCUGCUAUUCAGCACAAUAACUGUGAUGACAUCUCUUGUGGCUCUAUCAUUCUACGGUGCCAGCCAGCUGAAGUUUCACUGGGUUGAGCGAUACGACAAACUUCUUGUUGGUUCAGUUCUAUGUUUGGUGGGAAUCUUGACGCUUAUUUUUCAUGAUCAUGAUCAUGAUCAUCAAGGACAUGGAGAUUUCUCAGGGGAGCAUUUGAAUAGGAAACUCAUCGGCCUUUGAGCUAUCCUUUUCUGGUAUCAUGCUUUGGGUGUUGUUAUAAUCUUACAACAUAUGUAUCUUUAUUACAUUCGAGUUUUAGCCAUUAGGUGUCUAUCAUGUUACGUUUCUCAGAGCCAGUGGAACUCGAACUGUACAGUAAUGAAAUUAUUUUGUCAUGAAACACAUUUUCAUUUUGGGAAUAUCAACUCCAGUUUUUCGAAA